CUUGUUUGUCGUCAGUGGCCGCGACCCACGAAAUCUGCCUCCAUCCGACCUCCCUAUUAUGUAAGGCGGUCCGCCCCGGAUAUCAUCAGUGGGUUUACCACUGUGUGUGUGUGUGUGUAAAAGGUGUGUCUGUGUGUCCAUUUUUGUGGCCCCGCUUUCACUUGGUGCUAUGGAACAAUAAAUCUAUUGAAGAUACCCAAUCUCAUGACAAAGUAGCGGAAAGGUUUAGUGAAAGAACAGGAGGUAGAAAUUCGGCCGUCUUUCGAAUCCUGGCAGGGAAAGACGAAGGGAGAGAGAGGGAAAAUCUAAAAUCGGUGCAGUUUCCUCCAACUUCAGCAAUUACUGGUAAAUUGGACUAGAGUAAUGGCCCCGUAUUCGAUUAAACUUUUAUUUGUUUCACGUUUUAAACGGCACUUCUUCAUAUUUUUGAAUGCACAUGAAAGAAUAUUUAGUAAAAUCGAGAGUAAAAUAACCUGAUUACCUGAAGUAAACAGCUCGGCCCUGAUUGCGUACGGCGCUCCCCCAACCUCUCAAACACCACCCUUCGCUUCGAAUGCUUUCUCCACGCCCUUCUGCAGAACAGUAGUUUGAUCUCAACAGUCGACUUACCUUAAUUGUAUAGGUCAACUGAGGUGCGUCAUUCGAAAAAUUUUGCAACAGUUUCCAAGACCUUUCGAACAUAGGCCAUAAAAAGUGCCAACGGACAGCCCUCUCGUCGGCGUUUGAAGCCUCCCCACUCAACGGCUUCGUGGUCGAUGAGGCCUUGUUCACGCCCAGACCAGCUCUGUCUUCAAAUCAGCGCAGCUAGAAGACAGGAAACCUUAUCUCGGGUGGGCGUCGUCUCCGCAGGUUGAAGAAAAGAAAGAAGAGUAAGCAAGGAGCCAGCACAGAUUCACUGCGCUGCGAUCUGCGAGAUGGAGAGGCCCUGCCAGGGAUUUUGCUACAACAACGUCUUGAAGAAAUGUAGGACUUAUCGAAUCCUUCUUGCAGACGCUUUCCCGAUAGCUGUUAAUGACAUCGGUUACUCUAUGUAUUGGUCAGCGUACGUUGGGAAAACCAGGUUCGGGCGAAGCUUAUACUAUUUGAAAAGCGAUCCUGGUGAUUUUAUUGGGGCCACCACGGCAUGUGGAAAUGACCAAGCCAAAGUGGCAACGCCUACAGAUGCAGCUGAGAACGAAUUCAUCAGAUCGCUGAGCCCGCCCGACUUAGACAUCUGGAUUGGCAUCAAUCAGCUUCCAGGUGAUGGUGACUGGAUCAACCAAGUCACUGGACAGGCCAUCAGUUACUCGAAUUGGGGAGGAGGUGAGGGCCAAGGAAGUAAUGACGAGGAUUGUGCAGUCCUCAACGCGGCCCUUGUUUGGAUCGACAUGGACUGCUCGCGGGAAUACUACUACGUUUGCCAGAUACCAAUCGAAGGGCAGCCGUAGAAUGCAUAUAUAUAUGCAGUUACUCCAGCGCCGGUCUCACGAAGGAAUACAAUUGGUCAUCACUUCUCCCUUACAUAAUUUUAUAUUACACACACACA